AUGAAUAGAACACUAAAUGUUGAAAAUGAUAUUUUUAUUAAGUCUGGGCAACAUGAGUUGAAUAUCAGUGGGCAAUCUUUUAGUUCUGAAGAUUUAGAAACUCCAUCGGAAAUAUAUUUAAAUCCCAAUUCAAUAAUUAGUGAUUGUGACUUAUCCAGCGAUCAUGAUGAUAUCAUUGUCCCUACUGAUUCGCCAAUUGUCAAUCAACCAUCUGUUGGAAUGGAAUGGAAGAUCCGCGACUGGGCACUGCGUAAUCGAACUAAUAUAACACUUAGUGCAGUGACCGAUUUGUUGAACGUAUUAAGAGGUGAAGGCCUGUCUUUGCCGAAGACUGCUGAGACCUUGUUGGGGACAAUGCAUUGCAGGAAACUUAAGAAAAUGCCAGGUAUCAACAGUAUUGUUGGAGAAUAUGUAUAUUUAGGCAUCAAAAAAGGCCUUAAAAAUAUUAUCUCCCCGGAUGGAUACACCGAAGAAAAUAUUUCUCUCUUAAUACACGUUGAUGGAAUGCAAAUUUACCACAAUUCUUCGAAACAAGUUUGGCCCAUUGCUGUGAAAGCUUAUCAUCAAAAUUAUAUUGUCAAACCUUUUGUAGCUGCAAUUUAUUGUGGAGAUUGCAAACCUCUUUCUGCUGAAAAUUAUUUUUCUGACUUUAUAGAAGAAGCAAAUGACUUGAUUGAAAAUGGAAUUCAAUUAAACGGAAAAAAAUACUCGAUUAAAAUCAUGGCCAUAGUGGCUGAUUCUCCUGCCAGAGCAUUCCUAAAGUGUUGUAAAACACCUGGUACAUUUUAUGCUUGCGAAAGAUGUACAACAAAAGGUAUAUCGGUAGGAAUUGGAAGGUCCAAGAAACGAAUAUAUCCUCAAAGUGAUGCUGAACUUCGCACGCGACAAUCAUUUGAAGAAAAACUUCAACGAGAGCAUCAUUACGAAAAUUGUAAUUCACCGAUAAUUCUGAUGAAGAACGUUGAUCCAAUCAAGCAGGUGGUUCUGGAAGUUAUGCAUUUAUUUAUUUGA